AUGGCGUUGUCAACGAAUUUUCCGCAUAACAAGAAACGAACCCUUUACGUUGGUGGUUUCGGUGAAGAAGUGGACGAGAAGGUUCUGAAUGCCGGAUUUCUGCCGUUCGGUGAGAUCGUUGGUAUAUCGAUACCGAUGGAUUAUGAAACUGGAAAGCAUCGAGGUUUUGGGUGUGUUCAUUCAGUGGUUAUUUCUUUCAUAUCGCCUCCAUACGUUCACCGUAUACUGUUCGGUUUGAUAUGA